AUGCCGUUGGCUCCAUUUAGUCAGAGAAUUGCCAAUGAUUUGACCUUGUUCAAGCUCGAUCCCCAAUGGCCAAAACAUCAAAUGCCUGUUGUGAGUUGUUGUGAGAUAAAGUUUACAUUAUCGAUGACAUCUGCUUUAGGUGGUAUUUUCAGGACUCAGUUAGAAUUCCCCCUCAAAUGAUUCCCGACCAGGAUGCAGAGUUCAAUCUUUUGAUUCAAGAGAACGAACUCUGGCAGGAGAACCGCCCUUCCGCUUUUUGUUUCGACCACGCGCAUUCCUCAUAA